GCGUGGAGCCACGGCGCCGGGCCGUCCCCCUGCACAGGGGCGCUGGUGGCGCGCGAGGCGGAGCUGGCUGGGGACCCGCGCGCCUCGGCCCGGGGAGGGCAGCGCGGCUCGGCUCGGCGAUGAGCGGCGCCCAGGACGAGAGCCCGGAGGCCGGCGCGGGCCGGGCCGGGGAGCGGCCGGCGGCCGAGCCUCCCGGAGGCGCCCUGAGCGUGGACGUGCCGGGGCUGCUGGCGCAGCUGGCGCGCAGUUUCGCGCUGCUGCUGCCGGUGUACGCGCUCGGCUACCUGGGGCUGAGCUUCAGCUGGGUGCUGCUGGCGCUGGGGCUGCUGGCGUGGUGCCGCCGGAGCCGCGGCCUCAAGGCGAGCCGCCUGUGCCGAGCGCUGGCGCUGCUGGAGGACGAGGAGCGUGCUGUGCGCCUGGGGGUGCGCGCCUGCGACCUGCCGGCCUGGGUUCAUUUUCCAGACACUGAAAGAGCAGAGUGGCUAAAUAAGACUGUGAAACACAUGUGGCCUUUUAUCUGCCAGUUCAUAGAGAAGUUGUUUCGAGAAACGAUAGAGCCAGCGGUGCGGGGAGCAAACACCCACCUGAGUACCUUCAGUUUUACGAAGGUCGAUGUGGGGGAACAGCCCCUUAGGAUCAAUGGUGUUAAGGUAUACACUGAGAAUGUGGACAAAAGGCAAAUUAUUCUGGACCUUCAGAUUAGUUUUGUAGGAAAUUGUGAGAUUGAUCUGGAGAUUAAACGGUAUUUUUGUAGAGCUGGUGUGAAAAGCAUACAGAUUCAUGGUACCAUGCGAGUGAUCUUGGAACCGUUGAUUGGAGACAUGCCUUUAGUCGGAGCUUUGUCCAUCUUCUUCCUUAGGAAACCACUUUUAGAAAUUAACUGGACAGGACUGACUAAUCUUCUGGAUAUCCCUGGAUUAAAUGGUUUAUCAGAUACUAUCAUUCUGGAUAUCAUAUCAAACUACCUGGUGCUUCCCAAUCGAAUCACUGUUCCUCUUGUCAGCGAAAUUCAAAUAGCUCAGCUACGGUUUCCUAUACCAAAGGGAGUUCUAAGGAUACAUUUUAUUGAAGCUCAGGAUCUUCAGGGCAAAGAUACUUACCUUAAGGGACUUGUCAAGGGGAAGUCAGAUCCCUAUGGGAUUAUCCGAGUUGGCAACCAGAUCUUCCAAAGCAAGGUGAUAAAAGAGAACCUUAGCCCAAAGUGGAAUGAAGUGUACGAGGCUUUAGUCUAUGAACAUCCUGGACAGGAGUUAGAGAUUGAGCUCUUUGAUGAAGAUCCAGACAAGGAUGACUUUCUGGGAAGUCUUAUGAUUGAUCUUAUUGAAGUUGAAAAGGAGCGCCUUUUAGAUGAAUGGUUCACUCUGGAUGAAGUGCCCAAAGGAAAGCUGCACUUGAAGCUGGAGUGGCUGACGUUAAUGCCCAAUGCUUCCAACCUUGAUAAGGUGCUAACAGACAUCAGAGCUGAUAAAGACCAGGCCAAUGACGGUCUUUCUUCGGCAUUGCUGAUCUUGUAUUUGGAUUCAGCAAGGAAUCUUCCGAGUAACCCAUUAGAAUUAGAUCCCGAUGUCUUGAAGAAGUCUACAGUUCAGAAAGCUUUAAAGUCAGGGAAGAAAAUAAACAGCAACCCAAAUCCUCUCGUCCAAAUGUCAGUGGGACACAGGGCUCAAGAGAGUAAGAUUCGAUACAAAACCAACGAACCUGUGUGGGAGGAAAAUUUCACUUUUUUCAUUCACAAUCCCAAGCGCCAGGACCUUGAAAUCGAGGUCAAAGAUGAACAGCAUCAGUGUUCUCUGGGGAACCUCAAGAUCCCUCUCAGCCAGCUGCUGGCCAGUGAGGACAUGACCAUGAACCAGCGCUUCCAGCUCAGUAAUUCAGGUCCAAACAGCACCAUAAAAAUGAAGAUGGCCCUCCGGGUGCUCCAUCAUGAAAAGCAAGAAAGGCCUCCUGACUACCAACAUUCAGCUCAAGUAAAACGACCCUCAGUUUCCAAAGAAGGGAGGAAAAUGCCUGUCAAAUCUCAGAGGUCUGUGUCUUCGGGCACUGGUGGCAGCAACACGACUCCUUCGACUCCAGUCAUUGGGGCUGCAGAUAAAACUGGCGUGGAAGACAAAGCCCAGCCCCCCGAAGCCAGCCCCAAGGCCCCCCACGACCUGGGCAGAAGCUCCUCCAGCCUGCUGGCAUCCCCGAGCCACGUCUCAGUGAAGGAGCCCACCCCUAGCAUAGCCUCGGACAUCUCACUCCCCAUCGCCACCCAGGAGCUGCGGCAAAGGCUGCGACAGCUGGAAAAUGGGACGACCCUGGGACAGUCUCCGCUGGGACAGAUCCAGCUGACCAUCCGGCACAGCUCGCAGAGAAACAAGCUCAUCGUGGUCGUCCACUCGUGCAGAAACCUCAUUGCCUUCUCUGAAGACGGCUCUGAUCCGUAUGUCCGCCUGUAUCUAUUACCAGACAAAAGGAGGUCGGGGAGGAGGAAAACGCACGUGUCCAAGAAGACAUUAAACCCAGUGUUUGAUCAAAGCUUUGAUUUCAGCGUCUCAUUACCCGAAGUGCAGAGGAGGACCCUGGACGUGGCCGUGAAAAACAGCGGCGGUUUCUUGUCCAAAGACAAAGGGCUUCUUGGCAAAGUACUGGUUGCUCUGGCAUCUGAAGAGCUCGCCAAAGGCUGGACCCAGUGGUAUGACCUCACGGAAGACGGGGUGAGACCACAGGUGGUAACGUAGCCACGUCCGACGCGAGGCGUUCUUCCUGGCGUAUCCCCCACUUCUGCUGAGACCAUAACCCUCUCACAGACAAACCAACCUUAUUUUUCUAGUUUCAUCUAUUUGGUUAUACAUACCUUAAUAGUUUUGUAGAGCUAUUGGCAUUUUAGGUGAAUUUGGCCAAUAUUAUCAUUAAAUUUUGUUUCUUAGAUUUUCUGUAUUAUUUCACCAGUUAUGACAUUGUACCAUAGGGUAGUAGUUAAUUAUGUUAUGUAAAGCUGUGUCAGUUACAUUACAAAAAAAAAGAUGUAUGGAUAUGCUUAUUGUUGCCUUGUUUUGUAUAUUACUGAGAUGUACUAUGCCAUGUAAAUAGACUCUAUUUUUUAUAAUCUACAUACUGGUUUGAAUUCAGAAGAAAAUGGAUCAAGGAAAUAUAUAUUUUCUUCUAAACCUUAUUAAAUUCUUGUGGCAAAUAAUCGUUUUCAUCUUUGCAACAAAAAGUUCUCAGUGUCUGAUUUUAAAGUGUUUUUAAGUAGAAAAACUGCAAGAUUAUUAAAUAUAUUUCUGCCCAUUAUAGAGGAUACAGUGUUCAAAACAGUAACAUUUGUGUUAAGUAUAUAGAUGUAUUAUUGAAAAAUCAGUUGAAGGGCUUCUAAAGAAAAUGUUUAAUAACCGAGUAAUGUAAAAUAUCCAAAAAAUUGUCAUGGUUCACAAGUCUUAAUGUACUCAUUGAUAUUUCUUACAUAAAAAUGAAAUGUCUUAAGCUUAUUUCUGAUUAUUAUAACUUAUUUGUGACUUUGUGCACAGACAAACACGUUAUCCUUUUCCUGAAACAGAGGGGGCAGCCUUUCAGCGUUAGCAGUUAGGCUGUGGUGUCAGCAUCAGGCAGGAGCUCUGCUCAUUGUUUCCCAGCCCAGAGCAAGAGCUGUGUGUCCUUGCUCUCAAGGUGAAGUGCAUCAGGGUGAGUGGACAGAAUGUUGCCCCACACACCAAGAGCUCACUGCUACUGUGAGAAACAUCUAGUUGUACAGCCUACACAGGACGGGUCACCCUGCUGGCACAUACCCAGGUGCCAGCAGCGCAGCUCUUGGUGUGAAAUAACCCUGCCGGGAACUCCUCCUAUGAAGCCAUGACUGACCUUACUAUUGGGGUGUGGUGAUACAGUUUUUAUCUUGAAGUCCUUUUUUCUUUUUUUAGACUAUUAACAGCAUGUGUUUUUACACUUGAAACCCAAAGCAUCUUGUGAGGUGACGGUAUGAUGUGAGGUGAGGCUAGGAAAGAUUGUGAGGUGUAUACUGUAAGCUAUGGAAUGAAAACUGCCCCCUUGGCCACGAGAACUCUCUGAGCAGUGUAUGCAUCUGUUGGGGGAUGCAUAGCUUUGCAGUUGAAACUAGAGAUGUUACCUUAAGUCAUUUUGAGGAGCUGAAUAACCGAGGGACACCCUUCUGACCAAACAUACCAAAGUGCCUACGCUGAACGCUGCUUCUUCCUGUACCCUCCUCCCUUUCCACGGGAUUCUCUUUCCAUUUAGAGCUUAUGCAUUGAACCCCAGCGGUUCAUUUAUAAUGCAGUCACUCGCUUCACAACACAUUUCAGUAACCAUAAAGACCAGUAUAAUCCCACAGUCUCCUGUUGAAUGGCAGUCUACCCCAAAACCUCUUUCUAAACCAUUGCCAAUUAGUGCAGAGAAUUCAUUCUUGGAGAAAGUUUGCAAAUAUCAUUCACACACAUUUAAACCUAUAUGCACACAAACCACUGAAAAGUGUUUCAGUAGUAUGAGAAAGACAAGUAAUAACUUGUCAAAUCUGAUUGUGUAUUCAUGGUAUUGAAAUUUUGAUGUUUUUUUUUAAAGAAAAGGUCUCUUAAGGGCUUUGGUUAUAAUCUAUAAAAGCAAGCAAAUACUGGCUAGAAUUUUAUCAUGCCAAUAAUUUUAUCAGCAUCCUAAAAUCUGGGCUUUACACUCCUAUACUUUAUCUAUUCAGCGUAUCUUGUACUUACUGGAAUGCUUUUCUUAGGUGAUUAGGCAAAAUUGAUACAGUUAAAGGUACAAAGCCUGCAGGAAGCCAGUCUAGCAGCACAGUGCACAGAUCCCUGAUGCGGUAAGCUUGGGAGAGCUGUUCCGGGCAGUUGCUGUGCAAGUUUCCACCGACAGGUCCUGGGGCUGCUGGCCACUGCCUCCAUUCUCCCUAACCAGAGGAAGGAAAGGGGGGCCUGCAGGUGCUGAAGCCCCUCCCAGAUGUUGUUUUGUGUUUGUGUCAUAGGGGGAAGGUUAGGAAUGGUCACGGCCGUAUGCUUGGAUGGUGGGAAUACUGUUGAGCUGUUCUCAAACACUGAUAAUCGAUUUGUCUAGCAAAAGAGAACUGAUUACUUUGAGCCAAACCAAUGGAGGAGAAUUCACUGAGGCAGAUGUGAAGUGCGAAUCCGUUAGUUUGUCCGUGUAGGUUGCUCAUCCUGUGCCUUAACGUACAAAGAUGUUGCUUCCACCUGUCAGACUAAGAGGAAGCCUUGUAGCUGUUUUGCCACUAUUUAUAUUCUGUACCAUAAUUCUUUUUACAGAUAUUCUUUAUCAAGCAGUCAGCCUUUUUUCAAGAACCUAAGCCAAAUGCUGUGUUGUGUAUAGCUGUGUGUUUAUUCUCCGGUUGCUACAUCUUUCCAGUUCUUACUGGAUCGCCCGCUGCGUAUGGAGAACUGCAGAGGGUUGUUUUUUAAAAAUAUCUAUAUACAUAUAUAUAUAUAUAUAAACAUAGAAUGUCUUUUUUGAUCAACUAAUUUUACAUGACAGUGCAUGUAUUUAUUCAAUAAAACUUUUAUGUUAGCUCA